UGCAGUUAAUGUAGGACAUUGCGUCUGAUUGCAAUUUUUGUAGUUUGCAUGGCAACUGAUGUGAGGUGUGUUGGAGGUUGUGUCUUGCAUGCUUGAAUGGCUUGAUGGUCAACACUCGCAGCAGUGAAUCGUAGUGUGAGAUGGCACCACCGAUACAAAGCUCUGCGAUAGAUCAGGAAGACCUAAACCUCCACUCCCUGGACGUUCCAGAAGAAGCAAUUUUGGACCUCGCACAUUUGGACUUGGACACUGAAACCGUUGACAGCAAUUUGGAAGCUCUCGGGAACGACGGGAGAUGCCACCGAACGCGAGCGGUAGAACUGCAUCACAAUAGACUUUCUUCGUUUCCGAGGUCUCUGGGAACAUUUUUCAACCUUCACACCCUUGACCUAAGCAAUAAUAGCCUACGAUCCCUUUCUGACGACAUUCUUCGAAUCAGUGGUCUGAAAGUUCUUCUUAUGAGAGGCAACCUGUUGACAGGCGAUUCCCUUCCUAAGGACAUGAGUGCACUGUCGUCGUUGGAAGUGUUAAACAUUAGUGGGAACCAAUUCGUAACGCUGCCGUCUCAAGUACUCGACCUAUUGUCACUUCGAGGACUCUACGUUGGCGGCAACCUGCUUGAAGAUGUGCCCAAAGACAUCGGGAGGCUAGCGAAAUUGGAGACACUGUAUUUGGGAGGAAACGCGAUCCAGGAACUUCCCGCAGAAGUCGGUAAACUGCAAAAUCUGCAAUCGCUUGUAUUGAGCAAGAACAAGUUGGUUACUCUGCCAUCAUCGUUGGCGUGCCUCCGCAAGUUGCGCUCGCUGGCGAUUCAUGAUAAUCUUCUGACUACACUGCCACCCUCUAUCAUCAGACUAGAGAACUUAUAUGAGCUGAGCCUGAGAGGCAAUCCACUGGUGGUGCGCUUCGUAAGGGACAUGACAUACGAUCCACCUAGCUUGCAGGAGCUUGCUGCCCGCUGUGUCAAAAUUAACAAGGUGCCCUUCUGUAGAGAGGACCUUCCGCCAAACAUAUACUGCUACCUCAACUCUGCCCAGCGCUGUGUCAACCCCAAGUGUAAAGGAGUUUACUUUGAUACGCGAGUGGAGCACAUCAAGUUUGUAGAUUUCUGUGGCAAGUACAGGAUCCCGCUGCUGCAAUAUCUGUGUUCUUCGAAGUGCAGCUCUCAGCUGUCCUGCGGCGGUGGCUCAGAGUCGGAAGCAUCAGAAGAUGAAAGCAGUGGCAUAGACUUGUCUCGUCUUCGCAGAGUACUGCUGGGUUAAUGCAUCGCUGCUACUCUUUCAAACAUCACUGCCUUUGGAAGUAGACAACCCCUCGAGCACAUAAGUUUUAUUUGUUUUGUUUUCACAUGGGAGAUAACCUAUAGUUGUUGUUGUUACUACAUAUUUUUAUAGCAAAAAUGCAGGGAGAAAUUGCCUUCUAUUCAUUUCAAAAUCCCGGACAGGAUCCCUCCUUUGUUGCACAUUCUCAUCUAGUCUUUUUUUUGUCCUCCCGAAUUUGUAUCUUGGAUGAGCCGGCAGUUCUCCCUGCAAAUAUGCACGUGUCUCCACAUUUUUGGUGAAUGCCUGUUCAGAAUCUUGCAAUAGUAUUUUACUUGAUACGCAUAUGUUGCCAAUCUGUUUGUGUUUUAGAAUAGUACUAAUGAAGUCAUAAUGCGUUUCCAAAUGGAAAGUUUCAUUUUGAUGUGCAGGUGCCAUAGCUAUUUCCAGUAGCACUCAGGGUGUCUACCAACCUGGAAAACAGGGAAUUGUCAGGGAAUUUUGAUGUGACCGGAAAGGUCAGGGUAUUGUCAGGGAAUUUGGCCAAAACGCAGCUGAAGUGAGGGAAGAUCGCAGACAAGUGCCGUGAUGAUGCGCGGCGAAUCGUGAGUGUCGAUUGGUGGUUGAGCGGCGAUGGCGCAGCUAGGGUUACCACCAGGCCGGUAUUAUACCGGCACGGCUGGUUAUUUGGGCGCUCUGCCGGUAGGAAGGCGAUACCGGCAGCCUUUUCCCUUCAACAUUCCACUACAGCUUGAAUAAAUCUGGAACACAGACCCAGCUCCGCAGUCACCUUUUUCUUAGUUAGUCAACACCCUUAGUUAGUAACACACUUAGUCAACAGUUUUCUUAGUUAUUCAUUCUUAUUAUUAUCAUUGUUAUUUCUAGCAUCAGUGAUACAGCCACACACAGGAACAUACGUUUCCUGGUAUUAUCUUGAGCGAGCACGCUCUCUCUCUCUCUCUAUGUGUGUGUGUGUGUGCUCGUCCACACCUCACCCACUUUCCCUUUUCCACGAGCCUUUCCCUCUAUUCCACCUCCUCUCCCUCAGCCGGUAUUUUUCACUACGAAAGGUGGCAGCCCUAGCCGCAGCAAUGUUACCGCAAGUAACAGUUCACCAGUACGACACACUCUGAGGCAGAAAAGUAGGAUAGCCUCACUAAUACGUAAUAAAUGGUCUGUUUUAUGAGGAAUCUGUAUCAGAACAUAGGAGCAGGCACCAAGUUCCCUUUUGUUUUUGGCAGGGAAUUCGCUUGAAACAGUCAGGGAAUUUGAAGGCUGUAUAGUUUGGUAGACACCCUGGCACUGUACUUGUCAAGAAGCACUGGGCUUUUGGAUGCUAUGUAUGUGACUUUGUGUGUGUGAUAUUGUGGGUCUUAUUCCAAAAUAGUUAUGGGGUCGAAGAGCCACGUGGCUUUCAUGCACGUUUUGUAACGUUCUUGCGUGUGUAUUCGAUACGCAAAGUCUUCCUUGGCUCCGGGGAAUGCUGUUUUUGAAGCAUUUAAAAAGACAGGCAGCGAUUCCAAAAUGGGGAAUUUGCCUUGGGAGGAGUAGCUAGUUACCGAAGGAAAGGACAUGCCUCAUGCCUUCCCAUGAAGCGGCAUGUACUUCAAUUGAUGCAAGACAUAGAUAUGCAUGCUUAGGGAACAGAGCACAAGGUUUCUAACAUAAUCCAUCAAACAGUACCGUAAUUUCACGCGUAUAAGCCGCACCGCAGAUAAGCCACAGGACGCGUUUUUAGGAAAGCUUUAAAAUUUUUCUAGCAGAUAAGCCGCACUCGCAGAUAAGCCGCGGGCAAUACGAGACGACUGAUUUGUGCGGCAAAGGAGAUCAUAGAGAAGGACAUAAACCCUGUGGUCCAUACUCCGGGGUCAGCUCUAGAGUUCUACCAAGAUCGGAUUGUGUCCUUGUUAGGCGUUUUUCAUGGAUUGAAGGAUCAGUGGCCUUCCAGAAGACUUGAAUCACUGUCACCACUUUCCUUAAAGCUGCUUGGGGGAAUGCACCAGGAAGAUCAAUCUACUCGAAUGUGGACCCGUCCCUGUUACGCACUGUUCGUGCAUCGGCAGGGCAGUGCUGUUCCAGAGACACUGUCGGCCAUUUCGUUAAAACCGGCGUAUGGGGAAAAUACCAGGAAAAAAUCGUCAUCAGAUAAGCCGCACCGGUGGAUAAGCCGCAGAGCGCCCGUGACAAAACAAAUCGUGCAUAAGCCGCGGCUAAUACGCGUGAAAUUACGGUACAAUUUCACAGUUCCUUUAAGGUCACUAGCUAUGACUGAAAAGAGCCUUCUCAGCUUUACAGGAUUCACUUACCUCAUGAUGCACAAGCAGGUGUCCCUAGUAACACAAAAUGUUGCCGGAACAUUGUUACAAUGUUGCCCCCAAACGUUGUCAAAACGUGGCUAAUGUCCUUUUGAAGCCACAUCCUAGUAACGUUACAUGCGAACAUUGCUCCAACAUUGCCAGAAUGUUUAAAUUAGCUCUGCAACGUUGCUGCAAUGAUACUGCCACAUGAUGACAACAUGCUUUCAACAUUGUUCCAACAUUGCUGCAAUGUUACUGGCAUAUUUUUUCUCGUGGAGCCAACGUUAUUCCAACAUUGCCCCAACAGUAAAGCCACUAUUACUGAACGUUCAGGUAACAUUACAGGAAUGUUGCCACCAGAAUGAUGGCGGCGGAAAAUGCCGGCCCAUGAAGCACAGUGUCUCCGCAUGCAAGAACUGAACCACAUGCUGAGAGUUUAUGUUGGGAAAAGGGCGAGCACUGCAUCAGUUCCCCCUUCAUCUUGCUAUGUUACCAUGGGGAAGAGGUAUUAUACUUACAACGCUAGGUCAAGAGGAAACCAGUAUAGUGCUCCCACUUUUCCGAGCAGACACUCCCAGCGUGUGCUACGAUUUGGAUGCGAAGCCACCGUGUGCUGUGCGCCAGCAUUGUCUGAAACCCUUUACGGGUCAAUCCCAGCAUGCCCUCAGCCCCUGUUUACGGUCCUCAGAAAUAUUCUGGCUCCACCGUGGGACUUGUGGGUGGCUCAGAUAUGCGAUUAUGACAGGCUAAUGGCGCUCAGGUAGAUUAUGGUGCAAAGCUUUUUAUUUUAAAAAAGCUUUAUUUAUGUGUACAGUUACACAGAUGGUGCUUGUUCCUGAGGGCUGCUGUUCCUGAAAUGGAAAUGUGAAACAUGUUUAACAUAGUUUAAAGCAACACAUGACGGUGGCCGCAAAAUGCAACACCAAUGUUGGGCGAAGCAAAUGAAACACCCAGAGCAAUGUAACCACUGAAGAAAACAAGCAUAAAAUGUACCAGAAGGAACCCCCUGUACUGGCAUUCCAACUUCCAACCGAAUAACCGAAGUGUUUGUUAUAUAUUUGAAAACUACUUGUUUCGAUUUGAACGUGAUUUGACACUGGACCUAUUCGAUUUCAUAAGACAAUGCACCAUUUGCACGGGUCUACCUUCCAAUGUUCCAUACGCUAUCACUAUACAUGUGGCACUAAACAUAUACACACAGCAGGGCUUGCACUCAUCCCAUUGCUCCCAUUGGAAAUGAGGAGGAAGCAUAAUAAUGAGUACAUAUCUCUCAUACCGUUUCUUCACCCUUGAUGGAGCAUAGCGUAGCCAGUCUGCAACGUACGUCUUCAGAUGUGUGUCAGUUUCUUCCGGGAAAUGCUUCCGUACUGCGCCUUGUAUUGUCGAGAAAACAAAAAAAGGAACGAAGUCAGCUCACAAAUUACGUGUACUUUUUUCCUAUUUACCCCCAAAAAGCACUCUAUUAGCAUAGUCAUGCCAUGUGUGGGUUCCACAUUUGUGAAUUCACACCUUCAGUUAAAUGCUUCCUGCACAGCCCAAAGCUGAACCAGUUUCCGACGUUCUGCCCCAUCUGCGGAGGGCAACAUUGUUGUCAAAAAAGCACCCCAAAUAUCUCCAGAACAUUUGUCGUGACGUCGCAUGCCAUUUCUAUCCUUUUCUCCUUUACUCUUAGUUGAGCUCACAACCAGGUAAAAAUCAGGAUGUUUCACUUCAGUCGUAAGAGAACACAAUAGGCUGCUUGUCCAGUAGCCAAUCAACCUUGCCAGGAAAUCAAAGCUUGCAGAAACGGGCAAUGACAACAUACUCCACAUAAAUAAUUGGAAAACAAAACCUAAGCUUGAGCGAAAAACGACUAUACAGUAAACUCUGAACAACUCGACGCCCCCAGUAUCCACCACUGUUUGUUUAAGUUAAACAGUAAUUUGAGUUAUUAAAUGCAUUGUACAACAAAGUAGAUAGACCAGGAAAAUCAUGGUGGUUUGAGUCAAGCAUAAAUUUCAACUUAUCCGAUUAUGACUUAAAGGGAGCUCGCUGUAUUUUAAAACUGUUCUGUUUUGAAGGUAAGCUCUACUAGCUGUGGCUGUGAACUUGGAGACAAGGAGAACGUUUUUAGUCACCUUCAAGUUUGUUUUGGUUUUGCGUUUAGUUUUGGUGUAGAAGCACUUUAAAAACUGGACCAGCAGGCUAUGUAUUCUUGUCAUAAAUGUUAUAGAACCUGCUAGCUAGGUAGUUCUACGACAGAUAGCAAUGCCAGUUUUGAGUCCAAGUUGAACAGCCAACCACUAAGAGAAACUAAUGCUCCUUUUUACAUCCCUGCAGUUCAGUAGAUGUUGUACAAGAAUGCUAUUUUAGAUCACUUGAAAGCAAUGCACACAACUACACUGCCUCCAGUGGGCUAUUGGCAACUGUGAUGACAACCUACCAGUGACGACGUCCAACAGCUUGUGGCCCAAAAAGGCUUGUUUGCCUUUCCUUCCAGUCAUGCAGAAGCCUUGAGCAUACGAGUCCACCAUGCACCGCCGCAUGAUGUGACGCACACAGUCUUGCGGUGAAGCCCCGCCAAUAGUUGAGAGGUAGGACACCUAUGGAUGAGAAUGGACUGUCACAUACGAAGGGGAAGAAUUAUUGCUACAAAAUGGGCUGCUCAGCUUGGGAAAAUUGGACAUAACUGGGUUAUUAUUAUUUUUUUUUCAUUUGCACUACCAUUGGCCAUAUUCACAGUCUGAAUUACCCGUGCAUUUUAUUGCCCACCUGAAAGUGCGCAAUCAGUAGAUGCUUCCGUAAGCAAAAAUACUGAUGGCAUAGAGCAUUAGACAAAAAUAAUUACAGGAAAUGCAAGCUGUCCUUACAAGAUCAGAUCUGCUUUUGGGUGCAUAGAACUGUUUCUCAAGCUCAUCAAGACUGCUGCUGGAUGCUAGAGGUAGCAGUUCGAGCACUUGACUGUCUGGUGGCUCAGGUGCUGCUGGUGGAAUGUGUGCUGAGAGCGCCGUUUCAAUUCUUUUCAGACUCCCUGCUUGUAUAGCUAGUUGUGUCUUUAUCCCCUUCAAUACCUUGAGGGUCUUGUGCUCUAAUGCUGCAAAAGACAGAGGAAUGACAUUUCAGAAUCUAUGCCACAGCUGAGACUGCGAAACAGUGCAGUGUCUGAGGGCUUUUAACUGUAGGGGUAGCUAUUGACGACAACAGGAUUUCUUUGCCCUCCAGUACAACUCGAUCUCUACACAAAGGUACGCAGCUGAUAUGGUCUCAUAUAAACGAAUUACGUACAGCUAUAAUGUGAACAUAACGUUUAAAAGCACAGUUGAAGAUAAGUGUUACAAGGUGCAAGAUAAUUUGUCAAGGCUGUACUUACAAGACUUCGUGGGACUUUCUCUGGCCCUCACUUCAUGGUUUCUUGGCCCUUGUGACAGUGACCUUGGGGGAGAGAGUGAGCGAGGAACCGACGCAGUUUGUGAAGUGCGAGGCUGAGAUCCUGGUAUCUUUGGAGGUCGUGGGCGUGGAAUACACUGCGCUGUGAGUUGCUGUUCAGCAGGAGGUUCUGCCAUUUCGUCUGAAACGCCUCCAUCCACGGCGUUCAUGCUCUCUUCGUCAGAAGAUAAAAAGCGUUGUGGUCGGCGACGCUUCCUCUUGAGGAUGCAGAUUUCGUCAUUGUCGUUGUCGCUUGCUAGGUCUGACGUGAUCGCUGCCUGGCGCUCUUUUUGUCUUGCCAUUUCAUAAGUCUCUGGGAAAAAAAUAACAAGGUUAUUGGCGCUUCCACAGAUGAUGUAAAUGACAACCUACCGCACUGAUAAAGCACCCGACACUUGUGUUCCGUCCAGUGUUUCACAGGCUUUUCACAAUUCCGUAUUGCAUUUGCCAGCUUGGCAGCAUUCUUGUAUGGUGGCCACAUUGCAGUGCCAUGUGGAGUGACCCACAGUGUAGGAAUUGCAGAAACCUCGUCACGUUCCUCAUAGAACACGAUACUGUACUGCGCAGUUCCUAGAACAGCGGAACAUGGGAUUGAUGAUGAUGCUUUGUUUGAAAAACAGUAACAAAGAAAAGUUCAAAGAAAUGUCAAACAACAGUGCAUGACACUGUGCACAGAACGCCCUCUAGUUGAUUUUUCAUAGCACGUCGCAAAGCUUAGGCAGUGCUUUUGCUGGUAAAGUCAACCGCUGAUCCGCAUCAGAUCACGGCAACACAAAAAUUACUGCCCGUGCCUCAGGACAGUUUAACAAAAAAAAAAAAAAAAAAAGAGGAUGUAAGGGGCCCUCCAGUGGUGCAUGACGUAUUACUUGCAUGUGUGCAAGAGAGGAAAUAUAGCGUAGCGGCCUGGUCCAGCUGGCAGGCACACACAUUUGUGCUGAAUGUCGUCUACACUCCAGACAGCAUAAUCUGUUGAAGGGCCCGUAACUGCAAAUAUGCCCAACUCAGAGGAUGUCAGCGGCUGAUGAUAUAGGUUCUCCAGCUUUGGAAAAUACCGUCCGCAGAUGCUCACACCACUUGCAGUACUUAUAAUGUUUACAAUCCAUACAAUGUGGCCAUCCUUCAGCUUUGCACAGCAGUCUGUUCUUGAAAGCUUGAAAACAGUGUCUCCAAUUUGAAGCAUGGAGUACUGAGUGCAGGUGAUCCCUGCAGGGGUUGGCCCGUUGGAAUGCUGUCGUGAGGGCUCACAUGACAACGCUGGUGGACGCCCUAACCUGCACAUCAAUUGCUUUUCGCUGAGGCGGUGGACAGCCUGCUGCAGAGCCCUGGCGUGAGAGUUCAGUAACGAUUUGAUUUCGUGUAGAAAAUUCUCGAACGGGAAUGCUGAAUACGCGUCAAGUGGGCCGAACCUUCGCACGUCAUUCACGACGUGAAGCAAGGAAUGGACGUUAUACACGUAAAUUCCACUUCCGUAGAGCUCACCAGCCUCAGCUACGAACUCCUGAAGAAGACGCUCUGCAGUAUCAAUGUGUGUCACGGAGAACUUCCUGCAGACCAGAAUCGUCAUGGAGACAUUGAACUUCAUGAAAUGUUUGAAAUGAGCACGCCCCAGGGUGCCUUGUAAAGCUACAGCUCCGUAAUAAAGCAGGAAGUUGCGAAAUUCAACUGCUUUCCAGAGCUCCACGACAUGGAGUGCUCUUGGCCUUCGUUUCAUGUCGCUGGGGACGUGGGCAUUUAAACGAUUAAGAUAUUCCGAGACUUGUUUCUUUGACAGGUUACUCAUCUUUGCUGGGUGCGGCUUGCUGGACGUCCAGUACUGAGUCAGCAAUUUCUUCAUUACUCCCAGGCACACUAAAUGCAUGUAAUCUAACGGGAAACGACUCACAAGUCCCACAUUUAAGGAGAGCAAAGGAGAAUACCCAUGGUGGUGAUCUGGUUGUUGUUGCACUUUAAAGCUCUCAUCAGUACGUAGUAGACUUCCGCACUCAGGGUAGAUGACCUUGUUGUCGCAACUUGAAUAUAUGCCUUUCUGAACACACUUCUCGCAACCAUAAUAAGCAGUGUGUCCUUUGAUGCACUUCAAAAAUGCUCUAGCUGGUGCAUCACAUAUGAAUGCGUGCAGCACAACGUCGAACAGGUGAUCAUUGUGAGUAAUGCCUUCCUUUAAAAGCUCAUUCAUUUCUUGCACAAAAUCGCUCAAGUAUGCGCUCAAAUCUUGUGGCUUGCAAUCACCUUCGUACAGUGCAGCAAUGAAUGGUGUACUGUCUGAACUUUCAUUGACUCUUAUAAGUAUGGGCCAAAAUUGCCUCCUUGAACUCCUUGAUAUGGGAAGCCCAUCUAUGUUGAUGACCAAGGAAAGUGUGGAGCAGCUGCUGGGUAUGUUGUCCUCAAUAAUGUGGCGAAGCAAUGUGGCACGUAUACCAAAGUAAUGGUACACACCGUCCCCCAAAGAUUUGACCUCAACUGACCUCGGCGUUUGCAAGAGCGUCCUUGCAUCUUCGGGAAGAUCGGGGUGGAAAGACUUCAGGGCUUUUAGCAGACUUGUCAGGUGGGAGGCAGGUAGUUUUGUCUUGAGCGCCCACUGCUGCAACUUAACCUUUACACUGCCUGUGUCCGCUGCAGAAUGGACAGUAUGAGUAGUCGAGCGUCCAGAAUUCACGUCUGUAUCUGAGUGAACAUCGAAGGCUUCAUGCGACACACUGCCCAAUGCAUCUUCCGAAUAGCCAGCGUAGGCGACAGAGACGACGCUCUCGUAAUCUGAGCUGUCACUCUCUUGACUGCUCCCUGCGGCAUCCACAGACAAAUUGAGUAUUGUCAGCGUGGCAGGCACCUGACCCUCUGGCACACCUUCCAAAGCGUCGUCACUUGGACUGUCAAACACUGUGUUAUCCAGGAAGUUUUGUAGAUCCAUUGAAACAUCAUGCGAGAUCCGCCUCCGUAACUGGCGAGAGCUCACAUUAUGCAACGAGCUUUUCAGCCUACACCGUUUCAUAAUCACAACAAAAUCGUUCUGCGUCAGCGGUAGAGCGACUAGAGCGAAGAAUGCGAAACGCGGCGUUCACUUUUGAAACUUGGCGCGCUGAGCGUCCCGCGUUCCCCAUGUGUGAUAGAGACGCAAGGACUAUGCAAGAACAUGCCAAGCUCUGCUAUCGUCAAAACAACGUUAACAAAGAGGGUAUACUCACCGAAAUCCUUCAAAGCUGAAGAGGCCAUGGAAGUGACUUCAAACUGUAACCUACGGUGGUUGCUCUACAACGCCCGACAGCAAAACGCACACCGGCAUAACAACGACAAGCGCCAUUAAUCACGUGACCGCAUCACAGCCGGGCUGGUGCGGCCGAUGUUUCGUACAAUAGUUGCGUAAAUAUGUGCGCCCCUCAAACCAUGUACAGCGGUUAUAAAAUCGUUCGAAGGGGCAAAAGGCUCUCUGACGUCUUGGACGUUUGGUACAGUGGACAAUCUCCUUCAAAUGAAAAUUUAUAUUGCAGGUACGCGAUCCGGCUAUGUUUGGACAAUGUUGGGCAGCAAUAUUCGGUAAACGUUUUAGUGUAAUGUUGUGGCGACGUUGCCGUGCGUAGAAAAAUGUUGACCAACAUCUAGCAAUGUUGCCACAAUAUUGUUGAAUAUUGCGAAACAUUGCUCCACUAUUUACAGCAUUCGUAACGUCGCAGCAACGUUGUGGCAACAAUAUGUGUUACUAGGGUGUAAGGCCUUUUCUAUUCCAUUUUGUAAGCCAUUGUUUCAUAAUCAUCUUAGAAGACUGAUCAAAGUUAUCUUAGAAGUACUAUUUCAGAGAGCUCUUCCUUUCCUUUUUAUCUCUUUACGAAAUUUGUUGUAUGCCACAUACUCACGCUUCAACUUUAAGUUACACAACUGUGUUAUAUUCGAAAGAACAAGUUAGAUUUUGCUCGGUUUUACUGCAGUAUCCAACACUGGAACAAGGAGCUAAUUAUUUGUGUGUCAUUGUUAGACUAUAUACAAUACGUCUUUAUUAGAGCGCAAAUCUUCUGCUUUAAGAUUUAGAUACGAAAUACUGUUUCAGUCCAUUUAUCUCCUUUGGCUGCUGUGAGGAAAUAAUGAUGUUAAAUGAUGAAUGAGGACAUAAUGAUGUGACACCGAAAACUGGCUACAGAACCACCAUGGCAGAGUUAUAUAGAAGACUCUGCUUGUGAUUUGACACUAUUUCUUUGGGAUUUCAGCAGCGGGAAGUGUUUAGUUUCUUGCUUUGGUAGUACACAGUGUGUACUGCGUGUAUGACAAUUCCUUGUUUGUGAACACAUUUGAUAUAUGUGAUAGGCUUCACGAACAAAGCGUGCUGUGUGUGCAUUAGGGGCAGAGUACAUAUAUGGUUGCUAUGGUAAAGGCAAAGACAGGACGGAGUAAUAAUUGACAUCUAUAUGUUAGAAAAAGUAGCAUGAAAGUGUCGUAGUAAUGACUGCGGUAAACGUACAAAAAUGUACAUUAACAGUCUGCUUAACAAAACGUUCUACAAUGACUGAUCACGUAAAACUGUAUUUUCUUCAUGAAACCAACGUCUUUCAAAAUACAUUUGUAUAUUGGUGUGAAUAAAUUCAUUAUUGGCACUCAGA